ACCAGAGGAAAGACAAUGAACGCGCCGUUUCGUUUUGCAUUUACAAUAGUCAAAAUAUCCGAAGCAACAACAGCACCGUUCGCAGUACAGGUUAUCCGCUCCGCGAUAAUCUAAUCUCGUGUUUACAAUGUGAAACAGACACUCCAUACGUCAUGUAUUACGCCUCAACAAUUUUGUGGCAUUAAGUGAUAAGGCGCGCUAAAAACAUGGAUAGUAAUCGUAAGGGAACGUCCAAAUUCACCUGUUACUUCUGCAACAAGACCAUCGAAAAUGAAACGGAAAUGGGUCAUACGACUGUUUGCGGCAGCGUCCUGGUGCCAUGUCCAAACAAAUGUGGGGCUUAUGUACCUAGAAUGGACUUCAACAAGCACAAAAGGGAAUGUAUAAACCGUAUAACAAAAUCGAUGCCUAGGCUAUCUCCUCUGAACGACGAAGUAGGGUUUAGGACCAAUAUGCCAACGACCACUUCAUCAUUAGAACGGCAGACCAAUGGACACCCUCAAAAACCGCCCACGAAAAUAAACGAAGAAAUGUUCAAGCUCUCUAGAAAAGUGGCCGACUUAGAAAAGUACCUCCAGAACCAAGCCAGAUCCCAAACCCAGAACUCUCCACAAAGCUACGGCGACUUGAGGAACAAUCAAGUACAGCAAAAUAUGGAAAUCGAAAAGGUGAAGUACCAACAAAAAAUAACCAUAGAUUGGAAGAAAAACAUCGAAACGCAGAUAUACAGCUUAAGACAGUCCAUAUCCAUAUUCCAAAACUCAAAAAAAGACACUGAUAUACACUGGAUCACCGUGCAAGACAGACUGAUGGUCCUCGAUAAGAUCCAAAUGGAGUUAAGUUACUUGAAAGACACAAUCUUCAAGGAGCAAAACUACAACAGACAAUCAACCAAUAAUCUCCUACAAGACAUAAACGGUAUUAAAGAUCUAGUCAACCAAGAGCACAUUUCGGCCGCGUCGGUCUUCAACGACCACCAGGUGGCGCUAGAGAGCUUAAGACGAGACUCUGACGACUUCAAAAAGGCGUUCGAGGAGCAGAGGAACAAGUUCACCAACAUUGUUUUCGAUCUUAGAGCUGCUAGUCAAAUCGCAUCUGAGGCGGCGGAGAAAAUCGAAAUUUUGGAGAGGGACUUCGGGGAGAUCAAGAAGGAAAUCAACCAAAUCAAGCUGGACAUGGAGAUUCUCGAAGGGCUGUCGAGUAGCGAAGGUACCGGUAGCUACGGUAGGUUGAUUUGGAAGGUGACUGAAGUGGAAGCGAAAAUGCAGCGAGCCAAAGAUUUUGACAGCGUAGUCAAGAGUCCUGUGUUCUAUACACACGAAUAUGGCUACAAAAUUAGGAUAUUAAUGUACUUAAACGGAAUGAAAAAAUGGAAAGACAGAUACGCCCUGCUGUGUAUCCAUGUAUUAAAAGGCGAGUAUGACAUGCUGCUGAAAUGGCCCUGUCAUAUAGAGGGUACGAUUAUUCUACGCGAUUUAGAAAAUAUAGAUAAGCCCAAACCGUUCUCAAAAUACAUAACGGCAAAAAGACAGCAGAGCGACGAAGAAAAUGAAGAACCUCAAGAGUCCUCCUCAACGUUCAUCUUCAUACCUCACUCGACACUACUCAAAGGAAAUUUCGUGAAGGAAGAUACUCUGUUUAUCGAAGUGAAAAUAAUACAGAACGCGAAAUUAGAGACGAGUUUGUAAUGCUAGUACCUGAUGAUGUGUCUAAUCUUAUACCAAAUUAUUUUUGUACAUAAUUAUUUAUACUUAAUGUUUUUAAUGGCAUGUUAGAUGUGUUAAAUAAAAAGGAUUUGUACCGACA